CUGAGCAGCUUUCAUCACUGGCUGCUGAACGUCAAGGUUGGAGGAGCAGCGAGGAUUAAUGUCCUUUAAAGCACAAAGCCUGCUGUCACUGCUGCUCGCUCUCUCUCUCAGCUGAUCCCGUCAUCUCAUCAUCCCACGCCGUCCUCUGCUCUCUUUUGCUCUUUCUCUCUUUCCGGCCAGCUGUCCAGCCGACGUCCAUCACUGCGGGAUUUUUUUCUGCUUCUCUCUCAUUUUCCCAGAUUUCCUUUUCUUUUUGAUUUUCCCACCAUCUCUUCCUCCUCUGGAUCCGGGCCGAGAUAUGAAGCGGCACCAUGGGUUUUAUGGAAUUCUACCUGGAGAUUGACCCCGUCACCCUGAACCUCAUCAUCCUGGUCGCCAGCUAUGUUAUCCUGCUGCUCGUCUUCCUCAUCUCCUGCAUCCUGUACGACUGCCGUGGCAAAGACCCCACCAAGGAGUACGCCCCUGACAACACGCCAGCGCCGCCCAGCCAGUCGCCCAUACGCCUGGUGGUCAUGCAGAACUCGCCCACCACCACCCGGUACGAGCCCAACAACAAAGCGGGCCACGCCGAGCUGCCGACGCCUGACCUGAGCCGGGAUAGAGGAGAGCGGGAGCGGGAGAAGAGGAGUACUCUGGUCUGAGAGGAAGAGGAAAGUUCAGACGGAUAACCAUGAAGUGCUGCUGUUUCAUUCUCAGACUCUUAUUUUUUAAAUUCAA